AUGUCUCAUUUGGCUAUCUCUCAGGGUUCACUUACUGCUCCUGUUGGAAGCGAUUUUUCUAUCAGAAGAUCAGUGUUCAAGGCACAAAGCAUAAACUUUAAUGAUAAAUCUUGGGCACCUCUUUUACCUUUGGACUUGAAAACAAAGAAUGGGGGGCUGAGAAAUCAGCGGAUAGUAUGCAUGUCAGUGCAACAAGCAAGUGUUCCUAAAGUUGCUGUAUCUCCUCUACAACUUGAAGAUGCUAAUGAGCCCCCAUUAAAUACAUACAAGCCUAAGGAACCUUAUACUGCAACCAUUCGUUCUGUUGAGAGGAUUGUAGGCCCAAAGGCUCCUGGAGAGACCUGCCAUAUUGUAAUCGAUCAUGAUGGUGAUGUUCCCUACUGGGAAGGGCAAAGUUAUGGUGUAAUUCCUCCUGGUGAAAACCCAAAGAAACCUGGGGCUCCACAAAAUGUUCGUCUUUACUCAAUUGCAUCCUCAAGGUAUGGAGACUAUUUUGAUGGCAAGACAACCAGUUUGUGUGUCCGCCGUGCUGUCUAUUACGACCCUAAGACAGGAAAGGAGGAUCCUUCCAAGAAUGGUGUGUGCAGCAAUUUUUUGUGCAACUCCAAACCAGGAGAUAAAAUUAAGAUCACAGGGCCUGCUGGCAAGAUCAUGCUUUUGCCUGAAGACAACCCAAAUGCCACCCACAUUAUGAUUGCCACCGGCACUGGUGUCGCACCAUACAGAGGUUACCUUCGUCGCAUGUUCAUGGAAUCUGUUCCCAAAUUCAAGUUUGGCGGCCUUGCAUGGCUAUUCCUUGGUGUGGCCAAUACUGAUAGUCUCCUCUAUGAUGAAGAGUUCACCAAGUAUCUCAAGGACUACCCUGAUAAUUUCCGGUACAACAUAGCGCUAAGUAGAGAACAUAAGAACAAUAGAGGAGGGAAGAUGUAUGUUCAGGAUAAAAUUGAAGAGUACAGUGAUGAGAUCUUCAAGCUCUUGGAUGAUGGAGCCCACAUAUAUUUCUGUGGGCUCAGGGGAAUGAUGCCUGGGAUUCAAGAAACCUUGAAGAGGGUUGCCGAUGGAAGAGGGGAGAACUGGGAGGAGAAGCUUUCACAACUGAAAAAGAACAAGCAAUGGCAUGUGGAAGUCUAUUGA